AUGCUGGGCAUAACAGGGAUAUUGAGUCAAAGGUACAAGCUGAAGGAUGUUGAGGUAUGCUCUCCCGUCCGUGAGCUGAUGGUAAGGCGGGACGAGACCUGCCCAAAUGAUGACUGGUACUGCGAGUCUAUCUCCGUCGAGCUUCAGCCGAACUCCAACGGCCCAACCUUCUACUUCCCCGUGGACCGUUGGCUGAAUGCAGGUCAAUCCUUAUGGCUGGCACCUGGAGGAGUUGCGCUUCCUCAAAAGGACCGCCACAGAGAUCAAAGGGAGAAGGAGCUCAAUGACAUGAGAGAGCGCUACGCAUCUUUCUACCCCGUGGAAGGUCUUCUGCCCGUGCUUAGGAAACUGCCUCCAGAAGAGCGUUUUUUGAAAGAGCAACGGAGGAACAUGCUUUCGACUGGAAUGGUGCUUCUUAUGAAAGACAUUCCUAUAAUGAUCGAAGACGGGCGAUGGGAAUCAUAUGACAGCAUAAACGAAGCCUUUCCGCCGAAACGUGUGCCGAAGGGCAAAACUAACUGGAAGACCGACGAGAACUUCGGUUCGCAGCGUCUGACAGGAGUCAACCCGACAUCCAUCCAUUUGUGCACGGACUCGAAGGAUGAUGAUGCUCCUGGCAAAAAAAUUCCGAAGGGGUUUGGAGUGACGGCUGAUCUGAUCGAGCCGUUCCUGGAGGGGCUGAAGCUGAAGGACGCCAUCAAGAAGAAGCGCCUGUACAUCGUAGACCACUCCAUCAUGAAGAUCACCUCGUUUGGCAACAAAACAGCCCCAAGGCCCAUGUGCGCACCAUAUGCCAUGUUCUUCGUCAACAGCCAGAAGAACCUCGUACCUGUGGCCAUUCAGCUGUACCCUGCUGAUGAUAAAGAGGGACAUCCGGUGUUCGUGCCGAGUGAUCCGCCCAACACGUGGCUCAUGGCGAAGAUGUGGUUCAACUGCGCAGAUGCAAGCUAUCAUGAGGCAGUGCCUCACUUGGGGUUUACCCAUCUCCUUAUUGAGGCCUGCGCCCUCGCGGCAAGGCAAAACCUGGCCCCAUCUCAUCCGAUUCUUCGACUCCUGGAACCGCAUUUCAUCUACAUGAUGGCCAUCAACGAUUUCGCCCUAAAAACGUUGAUCAACCCUGGCGGUGGUUUGGACAAGGUCACACAGAUUGGAGUUGACGGAAGCUACAACAUUAUCAGGGAAAGGCUGAAGACUUGGCGACUUGAUGUGGAUGGUACGUUGCCAGAAGACCUGAAGAACCGUGGCGUUGACAACGAGGAAGACCUUCCAAAGUACUACUACCGCGACGAUGCUCUGCUUACCUAUCAUGCCAUCCGCAACUAUGUCACCGCUGUUGUGGAGUACUUUUACCGCAUAGAUGAUAACUCCACGAUCCUGAAAGAGGAUACCGAAGUUCAGGCAUGGGCGAAGGCUCUUGACAGUGAAAUCAAUGGAGUUCCUGGGAAUGGACAAUUCUCUACUCUUGAUCAGCUGAUCCAGACGGUCACCUCCAUCAUCUUCACCGCCAGUGUGCAGCACGCAGCCGUCAACUUCAUGCAGUGGGACCAGUACGGCUUCGUGCCCAACAUGCCGCUCAUACUGGAAGGAAAUCCCCCCAAAACCAAGGCGACUCUGACGGAACAGGAUGUUCUGGACGCACUCCCUGGGAAGGGUAAGACUGUUGAGAUCAACCUGCUGACCGACGUGCUCAGUGAGCGCGCCACGCGGCCUCUUGGGUACUUCGAGGUCAAGUACCUUCAAGGUGACAAGGCGGAAAGAGUCGUCAAUAAAUUCCAGCAAGCCUUGGCAAACAUCGCAAGCGACAUCGAGUAUGAAAACUCUGCAUAUCGCUACAGGCCGUAUGACUACCUGGAUCCCCGUAGGAUCCCAAACGCCAUCAGCAUCUAGCUGCUCAGUUUCCAACAACAGUUUGAAACAAGGCGUAAAAGGCUAAAAAAAUCUGCAUGCAAAGGGCGCCAAAUAUAUAAUCCUAGCAAAACCAAUCUACUUAAGAGCAAGGGUGAUAAACGUAGUGUACCAUCAACCUAACAUUGUGUCAUUUCACUGGACGA